UUCGACAAUGGAUCUACUACAAUACAAGUCCGGCGUCAAGAUGCCACAGAAGUUGAUUUUAACCGCACAUGGAGCGACUAUGUGAACGGAUUUGGAUUGUCUCACUCUGAACACUGGAUCGGAUUACAGAAUAUCUACCACUUAACCAAUGGAGGUACCAACUACAAGCUAGAAAUGGUUAUGCACAGAGACGGAUACUCUGAGUGUAUUUUCACUUUCAAAAAUUUCCGACUUGUAGACUUUAUAUUUUAUCAAGCCCAAUAUACUCAUAAGUCUGCGGCAUGUUCAAAUGGUGUGUACCCUCUUGUUGCCAAGAACAACAAAUUCUCCACCAACGACAACCAGAAUUGCAAAGUUGCUAAUUGCCACUUACCGUUAACUGGAGGUUGGUGGCUGUUC